UCCCAGCGGCCGAACUUGGCCAUGGAACCUGUAUCGACCUGGACCCCCGGGAAGGUGGCAGCUUGGUUGAGAGGCCUCGAUGAUUCCCUGCAGGACUAUCCCUUUGAGGACUGGGAGCUGCCAGGCAAAUACCUUCUCCAACUCUGCCCCCGAAGCCUUGAGGCUCUGACUGUGCGGCCUCUGGGCCACCAGGAGCUCAUCCUGGAAGGGAUAGAACAGCUCCGGGCCCUGAGCUCCAGCCCACAGACAGAGAACUUACAGAGCCUGACGGAGAGGCUGCUGGAGGGGACCCAGGCCUUCCAGAGUCUAGUGCAAGGCCGCCUGGGGGACUGUGCCGAGCCUCCUGCCGAAGUCCUCAGCGCAGCUGUGGAGCUGGUGCAUGAGGCCCGUGCCCUCCUCUUUUGGCUCAACAGGUACCUCUUCUCCCACUUAAAUGACUUCUCGGCCUGCCAGGAGAUUGGGGAGCUGUGCGAGGAGCUGGGCCAAACUCUGCAGGAGGACUGUCCAGCAGCCGAGAAGGAGAGCAAAAUCCUGAGGAUUUGUGGUCACGUGGCAGGGAUCUGUCACAACAUCCUGAGCUGCAGUCCCCAGGAGCUGCUGAAACAGGGAGCCGUGUUCGAGCGGGUACAGCUGGACGAUCCUCUGGGCCUGGAAAUCCACACCACCAGCAACUGCUUGCACUUUGUGUCCCAAGUGGACACCCCGGUCUCCACUGACUCUCGGCUGCAGAUCCUGCCUGGAGACGAGAUUGUCCAGGUCAAUGAGCAAGUGGUGGUGGGCUGGCCCUAUAAGAACGUGGUGAGGGAGCUGCUGCGGGAGCCAACUGGGGCCAGCCUAGUGCUGAAGAAGGUCCCGGUGCCAGAGACACCCCCUCAGACGCCUCCUCAGACCCUGGGUUCCUCACACCUGAGGGCUCCAGCAGCCUCAUCUUCUCCCAGUGCCCUGUCUGAGGACGUCUUUGCCUUUGAUCUGCCUUCAAACCCAAGCCCUGUGCCUAGCUCUGCCUGGACAGACUCGACCUCUCUUGACACUGAGCCCCUAUCCAACCCUCCUACAUCCCCAGCCACACUCCCAGUGGGGGCUGCAGAGACUCAGGGGUCUCCUGACCGGAGUCCUGUCCCUGGCCGCAAGAAAUCAAAAGGCGUGGCGACCCGGCUGAGCCGCCGGCGGGUGUCGUGCCGGGAGCUGGGCCAGCCCGACUGCGACGGCUGGCUCCUGCUGCGCAAGGUGCCCGGCGGCUUCAUGGGCCCGCGCUGGCGCCGCUGCUGGUUCGUGCUCAAGGGACACACGCUCUACUGGUACCGCCAGCCCCAGGACGAGAAGGCCGAGGGGCUCAUCAACGUCUCCAACUACAGUCUGGAAAGUGGAUAUGAUCAGAAGAAAAAAUAUGUGUUCCAGCUCACCCAUGACGUGUACAAGCCCUUCAUCUUCGCUGCUGACACCCUGACAGAUCUGAGCAAGUGGGUGCGCCAUCUCAUUACCUGCAUUUCCAAGUACCAGUCUCCAGGCCGGGGCCCCCCGCCCCGAGAGGAAGAUUGCUACAGUGAGACAGAAGCAGAAGACCAUGACGAUGACACUGGCUCCCGCUCAGCCUCACCCAGCCCUGCCCGAGCGUGGAGUCCGCUCCAUGGAGACACAGCCCCUGCAGCCACCCCCACGCAGGGCAGCCCACGGACCUCCUUCAGCUCCCCAUCAGACAACAGUGAAGGGACACUGGAAGGAAUGGUACGGGGGCUGAAGCAAGGUGGGGUGUCCCUCCUGGGCCAGCCACAGCCCCUCACUCAAGAACAAUGGCGGAGCUCAUUCAUGCGGCGCAACCGAGACCCCAAGCUCAACGAGCGAGUGCACCACGUGCGGGCGCUGCAGAGCACACUCAAGGCAAAGAUGCAGGAGCUGCAGGCCUUGGAGGAAGUGCUCGGUGACCCUGAGCUGACUGGGGAGAAGUUCCGACAGUGGAAGGAGCGGAACCAGGAUCUCUACUCCGAGGGCCUGGGGGCCUGGGGCGUGGUGCAGGCUGAGGGCAGCUCCCAAGUCCCCACCUCUGACUCUAGAGAACAUUCUUCCCACCCUCUGCCCUCUGACCCCCAAGAGCACUCUCAUUCCUGGCCCCUGACCUCAGAGAGCCACCUCCGACCUCCUGACCUCUGGCCCCAGCUAUUACCCUAGUUCCUGGCCUCUGGCCCUGAGGACCACCUCCAUCCCCAGCCUCUGCCGUGCUGGCUUCUGUUCAAGGUUGGAAGUGGUGUGGUCCAUA